CUCCCGUAGCAAAACAAGGAAGCGGCGGAACCGGGAGGGACAAAAUAGAACCAGACAAACAAAUCACAACAUUUACAUUUACUACUGUAACUAGCUGCAUGACCGUUGUAUGAAUUCCACAUUUAUGUCCUAGCAUAGGUUAAAUGUAUUUUAUACUGUAUGUAUUUGAUUUAUUUCCGUAACAUUAGCCACGCUAGCUAUGUUGAAAACGAGGCUAAGCAGUUAGCUAGGUAGUGAGCAGCGGUGCUAAGGAAAUAUUACAAUGGUGCAGAAUAUGUUCCGCACCGGGUUUCUGGUUCGAGCCACACACACACUGCUAACCUGGGUCAUAACUCUGGUGCUGUUUCUGCACAACACCGAUUUGCGGAAGUGCGAGGAGCGAGGGGAGCUGCUGCUGCCGGUUCUGUUCUUCCUCCUGGUUGUGCUGUCGGUGCUCCUAUACUUUGCCGUUUCUUUAAUGGACCCUGGCUUCGUUCUCUCUGACACUGUGAAGGGUGCUCAGGGUUCACAUGAGGAAAUGGAGUCAAUGAUUCCUCAGACUUCGACCCCUCGGCUGCGGCGCUGCGGAUACUGCCUGCUGCAGCAGCAGCCAAUGAGAGCGAAGCACUGUCAGACAUGUAAACACUGCGUUCGUCGCUUUGACCACCACUGCCCCUGGAUUGAGAACUGUGUGGGGGAGAGGAACCAUCGCUGGUUCAUCGUCUACCUGAUGGUGCAGUUGCUCACUCUGCUGUGGGCUCUUCACAUCGCCCUGUCUGGCAUCUCGCCCAGCGUCACCUGGGAGCUGUGGUUCAGAGUGAACGGCUUCCUGUUGGCGGCGUUGGGGGUUGUCUGUGUUUUCUCUGUGGUGGUGGCGCUGCUGCUGGGCUGCCACCUCUACCUGGCCUCCAUCAACUGCACCACCUGGGAGUUCAUGUCACGUCACAGGAUCUCAUACCUGAAGAACUGCGAAAGCGAGGAGAACCCGUUUGACCGUGGCAUCUUCUGCAACCUGUGGGAUUUCUUCUGCAUCUGCAGGACAGUGGUGUGGGAGAAAAUGUACCACAGAACCACCACAAACUCUGUCUGACCAAUAGCCAGGCAGCAGGUCAGAAUCUACAUCAGGGUCAGGCACUAAUUUCAGGGAAAGAAAUCAUAUUUCCUUAAUGACUUUGGUGUAGGGCCUUCCCUGAAUCAGGAUAUUCAGAGUCGUUUCAGUCACGUCCAGUCGAUGCAUUCAUUCCUUCUUUUGCGUUGGUUAAAAGAAAAAUAUGUUAAUUUAUAGAUAUUUUUGUUUUUAUAAACACUCAACGUUAUUACCUCUGACGGCAAGGUUAUGGUUUCACUCAUUCAACUUGGAUGGAGGUUUCGUCUCGGCCAGGAUAGACCCCGUUAACUGUUAAUCUGAAUAAAGGAACAGAUCCAGGAAUUUUUCUCUCACCUUCUUUAACGUUGCAAGUCAGGGUGUUCUUUAAGCAGUUUUGUUAAUUUCUCAGGGAAUAAUGCAUGGAUGUUGAUUUAAAAAAACAAAAAAAAGAAAACAUGGCAUGUUUCAAAGACACUGAUAGUUUGGCAGUUUUGGGUGGUUUAAAAUGUAGAGUAAUACAGGGUUAUCGAGUUUGAUCCAAUAAGGUGUCGUCAGUAGAGAAAUUUUCAUCCUCCGUCUCAAUAUAACACUAUAACUAACCCCUAGAUUGAUCAGUAGUAUGAAUAUUAGCCCUAUAGUCACAGACAUAAGAGCUGUUGAUACAAAGUACACCAGAUAUUUUUCUGGGGGUGUCAUCACUCAGACCAGAGACCAGGAACGGUUACCAGCUCCAGCAUUGGCAUAAGUACUUCUCCUGGAAAGCCCAUGUAGAAUUAAUCAAGGUCUGAGAGAGGAAGGCAGACCAUGACAACUAUCACAAAAGCUAUCGCCAGAGAAACAGUUGCCAGGCAUGUGGCCGGAGAGAUAAUCUUGAUAAUGUAGUAGCAGCGGUCUUCCAGUUGUUGAAACCGCCUCAGAUGUCGGUACAGAUUUACUAAAAAGUAAACAAGCUGGUGCGAGCUAGUUAUCAAAUGACCUUUAGCGUACCUUUAUACAUAGGUGGGCACACAUAACGACAAAACUAAUUCCCAUUAGCCUCAGGAGUUAGAUGCUAAUCCACAAAUGUUAGUAUGCUCACAAAGUAAACUAUCAUACUGACAAACAUGGACAACAAGGUAAACAGAAUUUCUGCCAAAGGUCAGCAUGUUGGCACUAUUUUUCUGAGCAUAUUAGCAUGUUAGCAUGCUAACUGUGACAUUUAGCUUAAAGAACCGAAAUGCUCAAAGAGCUGCUGGCAUGGCCCUAAUCAAAGUAGUCCAGAUGUCUUUGUGUGUGUGUGUGUGUUCUUGGUUUGACUGUCAUACUCUCCCUGUAUGUGUUUCCCUUCACAGUUUGACAGAACAGAAUAAAUGUUUUCCUGGUGGUUUUGUUGAAAGAAUGAAGAAAACUUUGGAUUGAAAAUAUUUUUUUCCUCAGGUCUGGUUACCACUUUCUCCCGCAGGUGUUUCUGUUGUUGCCUUGAGACGGUGUGGUGACCUCACGCUGUAACACUGACUGCCUUUAUGUCUUUUGAAAUAAAUGUCUUGUGCCUUUGGUUUAAUAUAACUUGUAUAUUAAUGUAAGUAAUUAUUUCUACUGUCAUUAUUAAUUAAUUUAACUACAGGAUAAUCUUGACACUGAGAGCCAAAUAUUUUACUUUUUUUUUUUACUGUAUUUGUUCUGUUUGUAUUUAUUGACAACAAGAUUACAUUAAAACACUGAUGAUAUGCA